CCGUUUCCGGUUCUUGACAGCUCAACCGGCUACAAAAAAUUGCGUUGAACUUUAUAUCCCUCGGAUCUCUUGAUAGCGAUUAAUCAUAUUAAGACUACAACAAUGAAGUCGGUUCUUGGAAGGUUUUUGUUGCUGAUGCUGUUAGUUUUGCCAACGACUGUUAUGAUCUUCGAAAGCGGAGUAGGCAACAAAUUGGUGGCAUAUGGAGAUGAUGCUAUGGAGGGUGAGGACGUAGAGGAUGAUGAUGAGGCCACUGUUGAGACAGAUGAUGGAGCUGGUGAUGAAGACGGUCAGGCUGUUACGGAAUCUGAAAAAACAGAAGAAGGGGAGGAUGAAGAGGAGGAAGAAGGGGUCCUGAAACCAUCACCAGAUGCAGAAGCCACCAUUCUCUUUACGAAACCUGUCAACACAAAUGAUCUGCCAUCUGGCCAGGUUGUGAGGUUUCUGGUUGGGUUCAAGAACAAUGGAGAUGAGCAUUUCACUGUGACCAGCAUGGAGACGUCCUUCAGAUAUCCACAGGACUACUCCUUCUACAUCCAGAAUUUCACAUCUGCUGUGUUGAACCAGGUUGUGGAGAAGAGCAGAGAGGCAACAUUCGAGUAUGGAUUCACCCCUAGUGAGGCUUUCAACUCCAGGCCCUUUGGCCUCAGUAUUCUACUCAACUACAAGGAUGGGCAAGGUAAUGAGUUCCAGAACGCUGUAUUUAACGAGACGAUCAACGUGGUAGAGCCUGAUGAGGGGUUGGAUGGGGAGACGUUCUUCCUGUACUUGUUCCUUGUUGCCAUUGUAGUACUUCUCAUCUUUGGCGCACACCAGCUUCUUGCAACUUUUGGAAAAAAGCACUUGGGAAAGGGCAAGUCUGCACCCAAGGUAGAGAUGGGCACCCAGAAGACAGAUGUGGACUACAGCUGGCUGCCACAGGAGACACUCCAGGAAAUGAACAAGUCCCCAAAGGGAUCACCGAGGGGUGGGUCACCCCGGAAACGAAAAAGCAAGCGUGGCUCCGGAGAAGAGUAAUCUUUCCUUUUGAGGAAGUCAAGGAAAGAGUUUCAAGUUUCCCAGUAGCCAAGGAAUAUGAGAGCUUCACAGAUAAACAGUAUAUGAUAGAACUUUUCACAAGAAAGCAUGUUGUCCUGUUGUAACGACUGCUAUGGCUUAGGUAUUUUGCUUGUGGUAAUUCUGUGUCUGAAUAAUUCUAAACUUGAAAGGGAAGUAUCAUUAGUUUGAGAAUUGAAAAAUAAUGUUUUACAGAACUUAAACCAUUUUCAUAGGGAAAUAGCUUUCAUCUUUAUGUACCGGUACAUAGACAUUACAUUACUUAUAACUAUAUUUCUGACUAUGAUUCACCAUCUUGCUCUUUAUUGUUUGUUUCAGUGUUUUAGCCAAAUAAGUGACAAUGUGAUUAAUACAUAUUACCAAAUGAUGAUGCAGACAAAUUGUUCCAAGUUCUUUUGAGUGAAUGUUUUAUCACUUUUAAUUUCUAUAACUACUACAGUUUGCUAACACAAUCAUGACUUGUAAUGCUUCACCAAUUAACUAAAUGCAGUAUCUUUUUUCGGAAACUGCAUUGAGUUCAGUAUUGGGAAAGCAGUGCAGUUUCUGAAAAUAAACGCAACCUGGAUGCAAGCUUUACAUUAUGUAAAAAAAUAAGACUUUUUGGUAUUUUUUCAAACAGGUGAAGGUUUGAUUUCUUUCUGUACAUGAACUUUUACUUCUACCAUAUUUAAUAUAUGUUUUUAAGAUAUACAUGUCAAUAUUUUACUGGCAACAUGAACUGGUGUUCCAACAACUUGCUAUUGUUGUACAUGCCAAUUUUUGAGAUACUAAUUGGAAUAAUGGAUCAUUUACACUUACUUUCUCCAUAUGACCGUAAAAGUUGACCAGUCCCGUGUAUGUUUAUAAGUAUGGAAGGAAAUGUUAUGCUUUUAAACAUGUAACUUGACCAUUCCAUGUAUAUUAUGUAUUAAUGUUCAUGUAUUGAACAUGGCAGCUGACAAGUGCUCAAUCAUUGUGUCAUAUGCCACAUAAGACUGCAUAACAACCCUAAGGGUAUAAAUGCAAUACAUGGUAUCGGCAAUCUACAUGUACAUACAUGUAAAGAGGGAACAUUGUCAACAAGAUGCAUAUUAUAUCUAGUCAAGAUGGUAAUUCUGCAGUUCCAUAGAGAAAAAAAUCAGAAAUAAGGACAAAUGCUUGUAAAUUCUAUCCAUAUAUUGUUUGUUUUUCAAGUUGGUGUGAAAGAUAUUAUUAAAUUUGGUAUAGGUACUGGGUAUUUGCACAAGUAUUUAAAGACAUCUGUUGGAUAUGGUGCUUUAUGAGCUUUAUAUCAUGGAUUGUACAAAGAAGAGUUGUAAUUUAUGAAAUAUCUAUUUAUGUUUUGCAAGAUUGUGCAAUAGAGAAAUAUGAUUGGUUUAAUUGACAUUUCUGAAUGAUUUACUAGAUGUUUGUCAUAAUAAAAGGAUUAGUGUUUUUGAAAUAUUUGUACUAAUUGUUAAUACAGAAGUUACUGUCAGAAGAUUUUUCAUAAAUUAAAAAAAAAUG